AUGUCCCCACCAUGUCAACCCUACACGAGAAUCGGACUUCAACAAGGAAGUGUCGAUGCGCGUGCAAAGAGUUUUUUACACUUGCUAAAAGUGUUGGGAGAAAUGGAGCAUAAGCCCAAAUAUAUUUUAGUGGAGAAUGUGAAAGGGUUUGAGGAAUCAGAUUCAAGAGAAAUGUUGGUUGAUAAAUUGACACAUUGCGACUACACCUUUCAAGAGUUUUUAUUGACCCCUUUACAACUGGGUAUUCCUAACUCCCGCAUGAGAUAUUACUUAUUAGCCAAAUUGAAGCCCUUGAGUUUUGCUAAGCCCGUGACAGGAACCAUCAUUAGCUAUAUCCCCUUAUCCGAGCAUAUGUCACAAGAAUUCGUGGAUACAAGAGGAAAAGUCACGGAUGAAGAAAAUUUGGUAGACGAAUCCAAAACACCCAUUGAUCCAUUGUCCAAGUAUUUGGAAUUGGGUGAGAACUAUCAACAGUAUUUGGUGCCUGAUAAAGUACUCGCCAAAAACAGUCAUGUGUUUGAUAUUGUGAAGCCUGAUGGUCAUCGUAGUUGCUGCUUUACCAAGGGAUACUAUCAUUAUGCUCAAGGUACUGGAUCCGUGAUUCAAAUGAACCAAGAUUUGAAUACGGCUGAGAUCUUUGAAAAAGCAAUGGCUUACAAGGGUGUAGAUGAAGAAAAACAAUUGGAAUUGUUACGAAAGUUAAAAUUGAGAUAUUUUAGUCCUCGCGAAGUUGCAAAUUUGAUGGGUUUCCCUCCAGAAUUCAGUUUCCCAGAGACAAGUACUAUCAAGCAAAGAUACAGAACAUUGGGUAAUAGUAUCAGUGUCAAAUUAGUCUCAGAGUUGAUGCGCUAUCUUAUGAAGGAGGGUAACUCUAUUUAA